AUGAUUACAUUUAUAGAAUCCAAAGACAAAAUGAAUGAAACUGAGAGAUGCUUAGAUUCUCAAUUAUGGCAUGCCUGUGCGGGUAGUAUGGUGCAAAUGCCACCUGUAAAUUCAAAAGUCUACUACUUUCCACAAGGGCAUGCUGAGCAUGCAUGUGGACAUGUUGAUUUUAGGAAUUGCCCAAGGAUUCCUCCUUACAUUUCUUGUAGAGUUACUGCUAUUAAAUUCAUGGCUGACCCUGAGACAGAUGAGGUUUAUGCAAAAAUUUGGUUGAUUCCACUUAAUAGUAGCAGAGAUGCUAAUUGUGAAGAUGAUAGAGUUGGGGGAAUUAAUGCAUCUGAUGCCCAAGAUAAACCCACUUCAUUUGCCAAGACAUUGACACAGUCAGAUGCUAAUAAUGGUGGAGGAUUUUCAGUUCCACGUUAUUGUGCAGAGACAAUCUUUCCGCGAUUGGACUACUCUGCUGAUCCUCCAGUGCAGACUAUCCUUGCAAAGGAUGUUCAUGGAGAAACAUGGAAAUUUCGUCAUAUUUACAGGGGAACGCCUAGGCGCCAUCUUUUGACAACUGGAUGGAGCACUUUUGUGAACCACAAAAAGCUUGUUGCAGGGGAUUCAAUUGUUUUCCUAAGAGCAGAAAAUGGAGAUCUUUGUGUUGGAAUCCGAAGGGCGAAGAGGGGAAUUGGAGGUGGACCUGAAUCAUCAUCUGGGUGGAAUCCUGCUGGUGGAAAUUGUGUCAUGCCAUAUGGAGGGUUUUCAGCCUUUCUAAGAGAAGAUGAGAAUAAAUUACUGAGAAAUGGUAAUGGUGGCAGUUCAAAUGGUAAUGGAAACUUGCCAGGCAGGGUAAAAGUGAGGCCAGAAUCAGUAACUGAAUCUGCAACCCUGGUGGCCAGUGGACAACCCUUUGAAGUUGUUUACUAUCCUCGGGCUAGUACUCCAGAGUUUUGUGUGAAAGAGUCACUUGUAAAGGCAGCUAUGCAGAUUCGCUGGUGCUCAGGCAUGAGGUUCAAGAUGGCCUUUGAAACUGAGGAUUCUUCACGGAUUAGCUGGUUUAUGGGAACCAUAUCUACAGUUCAGGUUGCUGAUCCCAUUUGCUGGCCUGAUUCACCUUGGCGACUUCUCCAGGUGACAUGGGACGAGCCUGAUUUGCUUCAAAAUGUCAAACAUGUUAGCCCAUGGCUGGUGGAAUUGGUCUCAAACAUGCCUGCCAUUCAUCUAUCUCCAUUCUCUCCUCCAAGGAAGAAGUUGAGACUACCACAACACCCAGACUUCACUCUUGAAGGCCAAAUUCCAAUGCCAACAUUUUCCAGCAAUCUACUUGGGCCUACCAGCCCUUCAAUUGUCUAUCAGACAAUGCUCCUGCCGGCAUGCAGGGAGCCAGGCAUGCUCAAUAUGGUUUAUCCUUAUCAGAUUUCCACCUCAACAAUUUUCACUCAGAUUUCUCUCAGCUGCUCCGGGGAUACAAUUUCUCCUAUUUGUACUGGAAAUAAUUCUUCCGAUGGGAAUGCAGAUAAGAUAGCAAAUGUUUCUGAUGGCCCAGGAUCUGCACUCCUGCCAGCAGAGCGCUUAUCCUGCAGAGGGCUUCAAUGGUACAAAGAUAAUCACCAUGACACGGAGGCAGGCUUAGAGACUGGCCAUUGUAAGGUCUUCAUGGAAUCAGAGGAUGUUGGUCGCACUCUUGAUCUUUCGGUGCUUGGAUCUUACGAAGAAUUGUACAGAAAGCUGGCAAACAUGUUCGGAAUUGAAAGUUCUGAGAUGCUGACCCAUGUGCUUUACAAGGAUGUGAAUGGUUCUGUCAAGCAGAUUGGAGAUGAACCAUUCAGUGACUUCAUGAAGACAGCAAAGAGGUUGACAAUUCUAAUGGAUUCAAACAGUGACAACAUAGUGAUGUAG